CAUUUAAUGCUGUACCUCUGGUAAACUUUUGCCAUGAAGCCUUUGCCCUCCCCCUUUACUCUGGCACUGCUUCUGAUGCCCUGGGUGCUGGGGCCAGCUCCUGCAGGGCAGGGUCCUGGGGUGAUGCUGAGGCCCUGCUGUGAUGCUGCUGCUGCUGCUGCUCCAGGGGGAAGAGGAUCCUUUCAGCAAUAUUGGAAGGUCAAACCAGAGCCGGAAUCUCCUUGGUUACUGGCCUAUGUGCCUAUAAGAAGCUGCCACAGAGUGCUGCAGGACAAAUAUGGGGAGUUUUCUCCUCCAGCAUUCCAUGCUGAUUUCCCUGUAAGCUUUUGGUGCAACUGGACCAUCUGGGCAGGCUCCAGGAAGCACAUAAUCAUUUAUAUCCAGGGAUUUGUCGCUAGGGAGGCGUGCAACAAAAAUGAAGACAAAAUUCUGUUUGAAGGAGUCUCCUCCCUGGUGGAAAACAGUGUUAUUUAUGCCUGCUGGAAAAAGGAGAUGCAUGUUUUUGCCACCUUUGCUCAGGCUGUCCAUGUUGUGCUGCUGAAGCGGUACUUGCCAAACCGGAGAGAUGCACAAUUUAAAGGGAAGUAUUACAUCUUCCAAGAACAGCAAGAUGAUGCAAUUUCUGGAACUUCUGUUUCAAAACUGCCAAAGAAAGGUGGUAUUUUUCAGUCUGGCUGGGUUGAAAACUUUAGAGAUCCACUGGGCUUUGCAACCACACGUGGCAGCACCACAGUGAGAAGCAGCAAGCUGAUGCAGGGAAGGGGGAUCACUCUGGACACCAUGGCUGUGGGAAGUCCUACAGAACUUAUCCUAGGUGAACAUGCAAGGACACAGGCUCUGGAAACAAAAGCUCUUUGUGGGCUGGGGGCUCAGGAAGUUCAAGGUAUUGGAGCACCUGAGGGAAUAAUCCCCACUGCAGCACAGGACAUCUGGGGGCAGAAUCCCUCUGUGGGUGAGGACAGCGCUGUGAGCUUUGGUCCUGUGCACAGCAUGCUUUUGGAAACUCCUUUGCUUGGUGCCUUCCAGGGAGCAGAACCUUUUUGGCAGCCAGCAGAUGUGAGUCUGGAGAGCAGACAGCCUGUCCUGAACCCUACACUGAGGCCAAAAGGUCUGGGCCACCUGCAGUUUACAAUUAAACCAACAGGCACGGGUCACCUGGACUUGGCUGCACACUCUGAGCCUCUGUCCCCAGGCACAGGACAAAGCCAGGAGGGCACAGGUCCCACCAGGGACAGCCAGCUCAGCACAGCCAGCCUGGAGAAGGAUGGUAGCCGUGCCCAGCUGAGUGUCCCAGCUGAUGGCCUCACUGAGGGCCUGAUGCCCAGCCUGAGGAGCCCCAAUGAUGUGGUCACCAGGGACCACUUGCAGCUGCUACCUGAGAGAAGCCAAAACAGUUUGGGGCAUUUGUGCAUGCCUAAACCUCAGCCAGGCACAACUGGCCUCCAACACACGAAGCUGGUAGAUGUUCUCCCACUGGGAUGUUCUAGGGGAGCUGUCAGGAGAACAGUGCUGCAUCCCACAGUGCCAGGGCUGGCUGUACCUGCUUUGGCAACAGGGCUGGAGCAUCCUCUCACACCUGUGCCUGCCCUGGGGACAGAAACCACCCCUGUGCUGGUGACCUCCUCUGCAGCACCUGUCCCUGCAGAUUUUGGCUAUCUGGAUUUAUUCCCUGAAGCGCCUCUUCCUCCACAAGUGGAGUCUGUGUCCAUGGUGGCCUCUCUCCCAGCUGCUCUGGAUCAGGAUCCUGUCAGUCUCAGGCAAAGGGACACCUCCCCAGCUAGCCCAGGAGGACAGGACAUGAUCUCCCCUUCACCACCCUGCUAUCCAUCAGUAGCCUCUGAACUGGGCACUAAUGGGUCCUCCAGAUACCUUGGCCCUGGGAUGCAAAAGUUGGUGCCUGAUGGACAGGCAGGUGGUCAGAGAGGCAAAACCACAGCCUCUGUGGGCUUGAUGGCCAGGAGUCCCUUCCCAGUCUUUGUCACUGUCCCAGGGCCUGGUGUGAGGCUUACUCAGCCUGAGGGCCAUGUCAGCAGUGGCUCUGGGGGGACACCAGCUUCCCUGGCUGGCACCAGAGAGGAGCACAAGGUGCCUGUGCAGCAUCAGCACAGUGCUGCUAGUGACAAACCAGCUUCUGCCUCCAACUUCAGGGGAUUUAACAUGCAGGGAACCACAGAAACCGUGCUAGUGGGUUCAGGGCAGAGGACAACUGCCUCCUUCAGCACCACUCCUGCACACCCUGAUCUGCCUGCAGCUCCAUGGGGAGAAACACUGCCAGGAGACCAGCAGCCUUGGGAGCCCUCUGAUGUACCCAGGAACACCCAGGUGCCAGAAGGACAGCCAGAGAAACAUGCUGAGCUGGGCCCUCCCUGGGUAACCGAGUACUUUCCCAUCAGGAGCUGCCACCUCAUCUUCCAGGGUGGGUCUGGCAUGUUUUACCUCCCUCUGCAUGCUGAACCCAACACCUGGUGCAACUGGACCAUCUGGGCAGGCCCCCAGAAGCACAUUGUCAUCUAUGUCCAAGGAUUCCAGGGGAGCGAUGGCUGUGGCAACAACCAGGACAAGAUCAUCUUCCAGGGGGGCUCGUCAAGCGUGGAAACCAAAGUGGUGUUUGCCUGCCACAACAGAGGCACUCUGAUCUUUGCUGCACAAGCCACCGAGGUCCAGGUGUUGUUUCUGUCAGGGAGUGGUUCCAGAAGCCAUGAAUACAGGUAUUUUAAAGGACAGUAUUAUGUAUUCAGGGACUCUGAAGCUGUGGGCUCUUCGAGUGAUACCCUAGCAGCUCCCCAAGAAACUGUCCAGGACACCUCUGGAAAAGAGAGCUGGAGGACAGUGGUGACCAAAGGUUUAUUGUCCAUGCUGACAGCUCCUCCAGGCCCAUCUGCUGGAGGCAGGAUCCAGCCUGACACUGUGAGCCCGGAAGAAGCAGCCCAGCGUUCUCCUGAUCUCAUGGAAGGUGGUCAGCCUGGUGCCAACCUGAGUGAGCAUGGUCAGGAUGAAACCAGGCUGGAAAGGAACCUUAAGGAUGGUGGCAGCAAGGGCAGAGAACCUGAAGAUGACAUGUUGGUGGAGCCAGCUCCAGCUGGGCAAGACACUGAGGGUAAAGCCGAGCCACCUGCCUUGGAGCUGACCACAGGGGACACAGAGCCAGGGGCUGCUCUGUCCACCAUGGUCCCAUGUCACCCAGCUGGCUCCCCUUGCUCAGAGAUGCCCAGCAGCAGAAUAGGUGUCUCUGACAAAUCACCUACGCUGGGUCAGGCCAGUGACAGCCCCUCAGAAGUGGCAGCUGCUGCACACCACACACAGACACCAGUGCUGGCACAGCCACCACUAGGCACCAGCACAAAAACACCUCUCUACCCCUCUCCUGGUGUGACUGCUGCUGACGUGGUGUCUCUGGGAGGAAGGACUGAAGACCUCUUUGGUCUGAUGUCAUCUGUGGAGAACAACACAGGAUUGCAAUCCCAGCACCAUCCUGGAGAUGUGCUGUUUGAAGUCACUAUUGAAAUCAAACCCAAGGACUGGAUUCCUCAUGGUGGAAGUGAGCUCCAAAAGGGUCUCCUUGAAUCUCUGAAGAAUCACAUCCGGAAGAACCUGAAGCUUUCUGCCAAUAGAGUCAGUGAAAUAAAGUUAAAGGAUGUCAAAAGGAGGAGUGAUGCCAACCUGCUGCUCACCUUCUGGCUGCACCUGGAGCCGGAGGAGAGGAACGUGUCUCUGCUCCUGCGCUCCCAGCUGCAGCAGCUGCUUGGCACCUCGGUGGGCGUGGAGAAGCUGCAGCUUGUUUCACUGUUUGUUGAAGAUGUGAACGAGUGCCAGGCUGGGGUUGGUCUCUGUGGGGAGGAGGCAGAGUGCCUCAAUGGCGUGGGCACCUACCUGUGCCGCUGCAAGAAGGGCUACGAGGAUCAUUCCCCCACCAAGUCCGGCACGCUGUGCAUCCGCGCUCCCCACCCAGGGAUCAGCGCCUUCCUCCGCCACGCUGACAUGCUGGUGGGGGCAGCCCUCGUGGCCGGCCUGGUGAUGCUGGUGGCCUUUGGUGCCCUCUGUGUCAUGGCCGUGUGGGGCCGGGCCCCCGGGAGGAGCCCGAGGCCUGAGGAGCCCCCGGUGGGGGCGGUGGAGGAGCCAGCCAUGGAGCUGCAUGACCUGGGGGAGUGCCUGCGCCUCGACCCCUUCCAGCUGAAGCUGAGGGCCAGGUCCCCCGAGUGGCUCUGGAGCCUCCGUGCCCACCCUGGCCCGGCAGGACUGACGGGUCUUCCCAGAGCAGCUCCCCCACCCUGAGGGGGUCCCGGGCCUCGGUGACCUGAGCAGUCACUCCAUCAUUUCUCAGGGGUUCUGACACAACCACUGGCUGUGCCAACACUUCUGCUGUGUUCUGUGGGCCAUGAAUAUCCCAAAACAGCGCUCUUCAUGUUGUAAUUGAAUUUUUUGCAAUGCUUGCUCAGCAUGGGGAAAAAAAUGUUUGCUGCAAGCUGCUGUACUUCUGCUGAUUUACCCUGCUCAAGACCUGCACAGGAGAAUUAAAAACUUUUUUUUUUAAGAAAA